AGCAGCCACGGCGCGGCGAGCAGCAUCGACUUCAGCACAGGAAGAGGGACCGAGUCUGUGCGCCUGCAAGGGAAGCUAUUGCAUUUCUUUUUCUUAUAAGCGGAAAUUAAAGAUGGGAUUAACCAACAUAUAUGACCAGUUUUAAGCCAGUGGACUGUCUGUUUGAGAGCCAGACACGUCGCGACCAGGGCUUUUUGAGUUACAGUCAUAUUAGUCCAGCUUCUCUUCAGUAAGUACAGCAGCCAUCAUGACCCACGAUAAAGACAAACAGAAACCCUCCAGGUGGAUGGACUACGGCAGCAUCACAGGAGACCAGCACUGGGAUGUGUGUCCUACCUGCCAGGGCUCAGGACGAAUAUCUAGAAGUGAGGAGGCCCAGCUGGUGGCAGUUAUUCCAUGCAGUGACCAAAGGCUGAAGCCUAGUCGUACGAAGCUGUAUGUGUGUAUCUCGGUUGUGUUGUGUCUUCUGAUCUGUUUCCUGUUCCUGUUCUUCCUCUUCCCUCGGAGCUUGGUCCUGUCUCCUGUAACUCUCCAGUCCUCCCUCGUCUAUUUCACACCCCAAACUGUUCAGAUUUUGAUCACAAACAAAUUAAACAUCAGCAAUAACAACUUUGUCAGCACUAAGGUUCAUGAUCUGGAUCUACAAGUCCUGAUUAAUGAAAUUGUAGUUGGGAAGACCAAGAUUGCAAAUGUGACCACAGUUCCCCCACGCUUACAUAAAACGAUUUUUUUUUUCUGUAUCCCUUUUUUCCUUCUGCAGUUUAGUGUUGUGAGUAAUAUCACCAUCACAGAUGAUGGCCUGGUUGGUUACUGCCAGACAAAUGUCAUCCGGCCUCACACCUUGUAUGUACAUUUGCAAAUGACUUUAAAAUCCUCCUACCUGUCGUAUGAGGAGCAGCUGUCACUGGAUACGUUUGAGUAUAUAGAUUGCGGAAGAAACAGUACCGUUCCUCAUCCUUUUGCAUAACUUUGCUGACAUACUGCAUAUAAUGACAAGUAACCUUAGAAACCAAAGGGAAGCUUGAUAAGUUGAUCUUAAAAGCAAACAGUUGGAAUUCAGUGAUUAUUAGCAAUUGUUAAAUGUAUUCACAGAGUAGCUUAGACAUAUGGUUAAGAUUUACACCAUUCAUUCAUUCAUCUUCAGUAAACACUUUAUCCUGGUCAGGAUUGCAGUGGAUCCUGGGAACACUGGGCGUGAGGUGGGAAUGCAGCCAGGAUGGGGCGCCAGUCGAUUGCAAGAUUUGCACAUUGAAAUAAAUUUGAAAUGUAAAAAUGUUAUGCCGUUUACUUUGAUUUGCACUUAGCAAUUAAAUAAGUAGUUUUGUACAUAGUUAAAAAAAACAUUCCAAGGGAAGCUAGCCAAAAAUAAGGGCGCACACACUGAAAUGAAUAAGACUGAUUCAUAUUUAAUAGUUUCUUCCUUAUUAGUAAAACAUUUUAGUAGGCUCAAGACAGACUGUGUUUUUUAUUUUUAAUAGUCACUUCUGUAUUACAUCAUGUUACCACGUAUUAACAUGGGCCCUGGAACAGCAGUGAGAUUGGUCAUCCACGUCACCACUGUUGGGAAUACUGUGUGGACUGAACAAACAAAACAUCCAGCAUUUUGUAAGGACAUUGCCUUGCUUUUGCCAGUUAUGAAAAACCUGUUGAAGAUAUUAAUUAAAUGCAUCACAUCAUUUAAAUCUGUGGUAUUGAAUUACAGUUAAUCAGCUCUCUCAAGGAUGAAUGUUUUAUAUAGCCCUCAAAAGAUCGAUAAUUAAUGAUUCACCAAUUCUAAUUCUGUCAUCAUAGCCUUUCUGAAAACAACAUAAAACAAGUGAUGAUAAAUCUCA